GCUCGUGUUACAGACACGCGGACAUAAAUUUUAUAUAGUGUGUGAUAACAUUGUAACUAAAAAAAAAACAAUGCAAUAAAAAAGUGAAAAGAUAAAGAUGACGUCAGAAACGGAAAACAGUUAUAAAAAUGUCACAGAUAAUAUAACAAUCAGCAUUGACAGUUCUGAUGGCGGGAAAAAUGACAGCGAAAUUGAAAUGGCUGACAAUAACGGAUGCAAAAAUUCAAAGCAUGGUCCUUGUGACAAGGAUACGUCUAAGGAUUUACUGGGAAUUCCUAGACAGGGGCACAGGAUGUCAUUUAUGGAAGAGGAGAACGUUAAAGAGAGGAUUAGAUUGUCCUUAUUAAAGCAGUGUUCCGCCAUUUUGAAACAGGGAGAUGAAAGGUACAAUAAGGAGUCCUUGCAUCGCGCCUUUCAAGAUGAGGAUCUAUUGGAGAGAAUAUUUCGAUUGUUCGACGUGGAGAGACAAGACCACCUCGUGCAGGAGGACUGGAUCGAGUUCUUGAAGGAAAGAUUAAUAGAAGAAAAACAACUGGACUUCGUGGAGCAAGUGGAAAGUGUAGCGUACGUGCUCUGCGGGGACGGCGUGAUUACACUUGACACCUUCCAGCUGAUAUUGAAGAACAAAGUGGUGACAAAUAAACUGCUAAGAGUGAUAGACAUCGAUGGUGACGGAUACAUCACAGCGGAAGAAAUUAUGGAGUUUAUCUCCGCAGUGUCUAGCAGCAGUCCACGAGUAGGCAUCGAUAAGGCGAGUGUGGACCGCUUGGAGCAGCUCUUCAAGCAAACCGCAGGCGAUCAGAAGGAGAUCACUAGGGAACAGUUCCAGAAGAUUGUUGUUUCAAAAAAUCCCUUCUUCACUGAACGUGUUUUCCAAAUAUUCGACGAAGACAACUCGGGGACCAUCUCCCAUCACGAGUUCAUAGAAGCAGUUCACAGGUUCGGCAGGCAGACUCCGGAAGACAAGAUACGAUUCCUGUUCAAAGUUUACGAUUUAGAUGGCGACGGCCUGAUCCAGCACCGCGAGCUGCAGCACGUGAUGCGCGCCUGCAUGCACGAGAACGGCAUGCAGUUCUCGGAGCAGCAGCUGCUGGAGCUGACGGGCGCCAUGUGCGAGGACGCGCGCGCGCUCACGUACGAGGCGCUGCGCGACCUGCUGCGGCGCCACGGCGGCCUGCUCGAGAACCUCUCCAUCAGCAUAGAUCGUUGGCUGGUUCCAACGAAUCCAAAACCCGAGCCGAUGUCUCUCUACCAAAGAUUUUUGAAGAUGAAGCCGUACCAGCUCUCGGUGCCGUACUUCAAAAAUAACUACGUGUACGUCACGUAUUUAUUCCUGUUCUUUCUCGUCAACCUCGGCCUUUUCAUCGCGAGGAUUGUUGAAUACUGGGAGUCCAAUGUCUUCGUCAUGUUCGCGAGGGCUUGCGGUCAGUGCCUGAACCUGACGUGCAUGUGGGUGCUGGUGCUGAUGCUGCGGCGCUGCAUCACGGCGCUGCGCGUGCGCGGGGUGGGCUCGGCGCUGCUCGACCACCACGUGUACUUGCACAAGCUGACGGGCGUGCUCGUCGUGCUGUACGGGCUCGUGCACACCGUCAUGCAUCUCUGCAACUUCAGUUUAAUAGUUGUAAAUGACCCCGUCAUCAACUCGCAGAAUUACACAAUAUCGGAGUGGAUUUUCACAACCAAGCCGGGGUUGUUCGGUCUCUGCGGGGGCUACGCUAACCCUACAGGAGUCGCGUUGUGUGUGGCCCUAUUCGGACUGUCUAUCUCGUCUCGACCCGCUUUGAGGAAAGGGGGAUGUUUUGAGGUGUUUUAUUUCGCACAUUUGCUGUAUAUUCCUUUUUGGAUCCUCCUCAUAAUUCACGCUCCUAACUUCUGGAAGUGGUUCAUCGUGCCCGGGUUCAUCUAUCUCAUCGAAAGGAUCAUGAGAUUGGCUUGGAUGAGGUCGGAGCGCGGCAAGACGUACAUCUCGUCGGGCGCGCUGCUGCCGUCGCGCGUGACGCACGUGGCCGUGCGCCGCCCCCCGCUGUUCCACUUCCACGCCGGAGACUUCGUGUUCGUCAACGUGCCCGCCAUCGCCGCCUACGAGUGGCACCCCUUCACCAUCAGCAGCGCGCCCGAGCAGCCCGAUUACAUUUGGCUGCACAUCCGAGGCGUCGGCGAGUGGACCAACCGCUUGUAUGCAUAUUUCGAGGAGGAGCAGCGUAGAUUAAACGCCAGCGAGGAAGUACACGAAAAAGUUACUCGCAGCGCUUCGGGGCAAAGCAAUCGUAGUAGAAGAAGAAGCUCCUCGAGUAAGAAGCGUUCCGUCGACUUCUCCCCUCUCGCAUACACGAACGAGGCUUUCACCAUUGAAGAAGAGACUGGGAAUGGAUUCGCUGCCUUAUCUCCACCUCCUCUGACGAAACGUCCGUCGUUUCUGUCGCCGUUGAAGUUCCUAGAGAAGUCGCGUUCGAUGCCAGACGUGCGCAACGGCAAGAAGCUAGGCAUACAGACGCUGCGCGACGCGGCGCGCUCGGAGUCGGAGAGCGCGUUCCCGGCGCUGGCGCUGCGGCGCGCGCGCGCACUCGGCGCCGCCCGCGCGCCGCCCGCGCUCGCGCACAGCUUCCGCUACAUGCGCCACAAGCCCGCCAUCAUCGCGUGCCCGCCGCCCUGCGCCGAGCGCCGCCGCUCCAACGAGAGCAUCCUCAGCAUCGCGAGGCGUCGUUUGUCGAAGAGCCUGUCUCCGGAUCGUGACGUCGAGUCGAACGAUAAGCCCUGCGCGGUCGAGACACCGCCUGAGACUAUCGAGGAGGAAUCUACCCAGGACUACCCAGUCGGAAAACCACUGGAGAUAUACCUGGACGGCCCGUACGGCGCGCCCUCGUCGCACAUCUUCCACGCGCAGCACGCCGUGCUCAUCGCGGCCGGCAUCGGGGUCACGCCCUUCGCCUCCAUCCUGCAGGCCAUCAUGUACCGCUACUGGCGAGCGCGCGCGACCUGCCCGCGGUGCGCGCACACCUUCGCCACCGAGCUGCCGCACCAGGGCGACAUGAGCCUCCGGAAGGUGGACUUCUUCUGGAUCAACCGCGAGCAGCGUUCGUUCGAGUGGUUCGUGUCGCUGCUGUCGCAGCUGGAGAUCGAGCAGGCGGAGGCGGGCGGCGAGCGGUUCCUGGAGAUGCACAUGUACAUCACGAGCGCGCUGCAGCGCUGCGACAUGAAGGCGGUCGGCCUGCAGCUGGCGCUCGACCUGCUGCACGAGAAGGAAAAGCGUGACCUUAUCACUGGCUUGAAGACCAGAACUAACGCGGGUCGUCCGAACUGGGACAAAGUAUUCCAAAGGUUGCAGGAACAACGCAAGGGGAAGGUCACGGUUUUCUACUGCGGACCCCCCCAGCUAGCACGCGUGCUGAGAGUUAAGUGUGAUCAGUUUGGAUUUAACUUUAGGAAGGAAGUGUUUUAGAUAAUUUAAUGAUUCACUAUUUGUAAAAUGUUGACCAUGUAUUUGUAUAUAAUGUAAUAGAUGUGAAUAAUCUUUUUAAUUUCUGACUAGAGCGUUAGGUGUUAAUAAAAUAGUCUAAAUUAUAUGUUCUGCCCUCUUGGAAUAGCUUUUUCCUUUGGUGCAUAAUGAUGCUUGUUUUAUAGAAUCUUUGUUUGUUAGGGCUGUGUAAAUGAAUGUAAAAAUGUUUCCUUAUGUUAAUUACCAAUCAACUAAAAAGCAACUAUUUAAUUACUAACUAAAAUAAAAAGAAAAAAAUUCAACACUAAGAUAAAUAAAAGGGACUACUUCGAUCUUUCCAUAACAAGUCAGAAUAUUUCUUAUUUUUUAAUAGACUAGGCAGGUGGACCUGCGGAUGUAUCACCUGAUGGUAAGUGGUUACCGUCGCCUAUAGACUUUGGCGCUUAUAGAUAUAUAAAUCAUCAAAGAUAUCGCCAUUGCACCACCAACCUUGGGAACUAAAAUGAUAUGUCUCUUGUAUUUACACUGACUCACUCACCUUUCAAACCGAAAUAUAACAAUACUACUUAUUGUUAUUUGGCGGUAGAAUGUGUGAUGAGAUUGAUGUUCAACUACGAUCCCCACUGGGCUAAGGCUGGGCCUCCUCUUUCUUCAAUGUUGGUCGGUGGCAGAAUUUUAGUGAAAUUAAACUCACUCAUGCAUGUUUCCUUACGAUGUUUUCUUUUACCGCCGAGUACGAGAUGAGUUAUUAAAGUACAAAUAUAGCACUUAAAAGUUCAGUGGGGCGGCGAAGUUUGAAUCCGCAAUCAUCGGUUAAGAUUCACGCGUCAAUCACUGGGUCAUCUCGGCUCAAUUUAGUUUUGACCCUUAAAUUUUUGAAAUUUAAUACUUCUUUUGUUUUAUAAUUUCACUGGUAUUAUCUAGAGUAACUAUAUUAUAACAUGUAUAAGAAUGCCAUCUACUGGAUUAAAUUAUAACUAUAGCAAUUUGCUACCAUUGUGUCGUCGUAUAGGUACAACAAAAUAUUUAUAGAUGGCGUUAGUGUGUAAAUUUUUUUUUAUAUUACUUAUUUUUAUUAUAUUUUGUAGUUUAAAUGUGCACUUUUUGGAGCAAUUAUGAAAAAAUCAAUUUGAGCGUGUGUUUCUUAAUUACAUUUGAACGAGUAAAUAGUUUCUUAUGAAGUUUCGCUUGGAUUUAUAAAUAUAUAAUUAAAAAAAAAGUCUUCAAUGUAAUUAUGCUGAAAAGUCUUAAGAAAUAAGUAUGGCGUAGCAAUAUCAUUCAAUCAUAUAUUUAGGAAAUUUGAGAACUUGCUUUUUUUUUGCAAAAACCCUUUUACUCAAUGAAAAGUAAGACGCUUAGAAACGUAACAAGAGUAGUUUUGUGUAUUAAACUGUUUACGUAUGUAAUUUAAUCGUGCGCACGAAGCUGGAAUGUUAGAAUAUUAUCGAAUAUCAUUUGUGAUCGAAAUUGAAAAUGUCGUAUGAUGAGUUUACGAAAAGUUUAAAUCCGACCUUUUUUAUUAUUGUGAUAAAGUUCACUGAAACAAAGAAUAUCCUGUAUUAUCGCAGGAGAUAUUAUCGAGCUGCUGUGGUGCUCUCUGUAUUGACUCUCUUUGUCCAACAGGAUAGCAAUACAGCAUAAACACCGGCUUUAAAUAUUAAUCUGAGAAAAUAAAUUAUAAAAUAAAAAUCGGGUUGAAUAAAUUCCGUAUUUUGAACCCCUACUUGUUCUUGUAAAUAUAAUGGGACCAAACAAGAAGUAUAUAUGUAUAAAGUAGUAUAGGUUAAGAAAAUAAAAAAAGGUUCUCCCAAACGCUUCAUAAAUGAUCGGAGUUCUGAAGUAAUAAACAUAAAAUAAAAACAAUAUGAGAACUUCCUUUUUUGAGGUCGGUUAAAAAUCAACCAUUAAGGUUUGUUGAUGUGAUCUGCAACCACAUACCGCUAUACUACAUAGACAAUGCAUAAUGUGUAUAGAGUACUGUAGAACGCCGAUAAUCCGAAUUAUAAUCGAAAAUUCGGAUAAUCGGACAUAUACUGGUAAUAAAGAAAACGAACCGUCACACAUAGAAUAAUCUUUAUUAAGUUUAACAAACACUGUUCUAAAACCAUAAUCAUUGAAAUAUAUCUGGACUCCAGCGAGUUCCAACUUCUUAUAACAAAACAAAACGAAACUACUUGGUUUUCAUUUUUUAUAUAACGCCUAGGACCGAUUCGGUUAAUCGGCGUUCGGAUAAUCGGUAUAUAGAUUUUAUUAUUGUGUUCAAUUCCGGUUAAUUUGCUAUCAAUGUGACAACUAUAAUUUAUACUUUAGGACAAUUUUGUUGUAUAAUAAAUAUUUAUUUUAGAUGGUAAUUGUAAAUAUUUUUUUUAUGCGUUAAAGGUAAACUAUACAACUAUAUUUUAAACAAGAUAUAAAUAUACCGUGCUAAUUUCCUGUUGUAAUUAGAAUAAAAUUACGAGAUAUUGUUAUGUGAAAGGAUUAAAUAAAUUUGUAAUUUAUCGUCGUAUCGUUACCAACGCAACGUGAACGCUUUAACGAAUUUUUGUAUUUGUUUAUUAUAAAUAUCGAGAGUUUAAUUUAAUAAACUGCGAUUGUUAUAA